UUUCUCCCAUUUCCACCCUCUCUAUCCCACAAGAGCUAAUCUUCAUUCCUCGUCUUCAUCUCAGUGUCAGAAUGCCGCCCAGGACAGCUUAGGCAGGGAUUUGUCCAGACACAAUCAGCCUAUGUGACCAGCCUCGUCAUUGAUGCUGUCCUAUUCAUCUUUCUAUUCUUCUAUUCUACGUGUGGCUCACUAAUCCAGACAAAACCUAUUAACGGGCACUCCAGCAGACAGGAAGAGAGAGUCAUCACAUUGAGGCAGUGGAUAUGUAAAUGAAGGGCUAAACACUGUGCGUGAUGGUUGGAGGUUUUGCCUGGACAUGAUUAAAUAGACGAUGGCCUACAGCCCAACAAAAUCUGAACAAGCAAAACAGUUGGUGAAGCUUUAUAUUAAAUUCGAAGGGAAACCACUAGAGGGUGUCAAGAUUUCUGACAUAGAACUAAUCACUGAUGCCGGCUGCAACAGGUGGAAGCUGCAGCUGGAAAAGGACCUUAAACAUUGAAUUGUUGCAGAAGUAACACAAAGUGCAAAUCAGCGCGAGUCAACCUGGAGCCAGCAGUCUGCGAGAAGUUAAGGACCGACUCUUUGACCUCCCUCCCCCUCUGCGCUCUCCCGUCCCAACGUGCGAGUCGAUCUUCCCCCUCAACUCGAUCAACAUGACAAAGCACUGCUCGGAGCAGAACAUCUUGGCACCGCCCGCUCCGUCCCACCUUGGAGAACGUUACGACCAUCAACUUGACUUCUUCAGAAAUGCGCACGCCUUUUCUGCCGGCGCUGUAACGCAGCGGGCCCCGGUCCAACACUGGUCUCAUCCUGCAUCUCGCAUGGUUCCCCAGCAACCGCCGCGCGUGGAGAAACCGGCAGCGCCCUCAGAAGAUCUCUGCAGCGCGACGGCCUUCAUGGAUAAAACAGCCCCGCCGGGAUUGACGUGCCCCAGUGCUGAGGAUGGGGCCCUCAAACCGGACUCUGUUACCGGGGACUCGUGGAGCAACGAACGGGAGAAGAGCAACAACAGCAGCGGGAAGAAAAAAAACUAUCAGCGGUAUCCAAAGCCACCAUACUCAUACCUUGCCAUGAUCGCUAUGGUUAUUCAAAGGUCUCCACAGAAGAAGCUGACUUUAUCUGAGAUUCUCAAGGAGAUCAGUACUUUAUUUCCAUUCUUCGAAGGAAACUACAAAGGGUGGCGGGAUUCAGUGAGACACAACCUCUCAUCUUAUGACUGCUUUGUCAAGGUGCUGAAGGACCCUACUAAGCCCCAAGGAAAAGGGAAUUUCUGGACCGUGGAGCUGAGCCGCGUUCCUCUGGAGCUCCUCAAGAGGCAGAACACAGCCGUGUCGCGCCAGGACGAGACCAUCUUUGCCCAGGAUCUGGCUCCCUACAUCCUACAGGGACACAAGAUGGACUCAGAGCGACCCUUGGUCCCCGGGACCUCCCUCCCCUCUACGCACCCCGGAAACCCCUCCCCGCCACAGGAGGAGUUGUUCCAACCCAAGCUGGACUCAUCCUUCGCCAUCGACUCCCUGUUACACAGCUUUCGACCCGCUAGCGUGUCCGGGGACGUGGACGCGGCCGUCAGAGGCUGCUGGGGCGGCCCGGCGAACCCCCGGCCCUCCACCCCGACCCGCUCCCACUACGCCUCGUCCGCACGCAGCGGCUCCGCCAGCUCCGCCAGCCCGGCCUCCUCCACCUCCGACGAGGAAUGGAGGGGGGGUCCGCCGUCCGGCAAGCGCCUUCCCCCCGAGGGGUCCGACGGGUGCGAGGGCUACAGGCCGCCGCCGCACAAGUCGGCCAAACGGGACGCGGCGGCGCCACCGUGGGAGCUGCCCACGUCCUACGCUAAAUACGCGCCCCCCAACGCCGUCGCCCCCCCCAGCAUGCGCUUCAACGGGAGCCCCCUGAUGCCGCUGCACGGUGGGCUUCCCAUUUACGGCUACGGCAGCUCUCCCGUGACACCGAGUCACUUCCUGGGUCACACGUACUGGCCCCUCCUGCCCAGCAGACGGGUCUCCGUCCCGGCCCCCCCCCUAAUCAUGGACCUGGACAACAUGCUGCAGACCGUGCCUCCGAAUAAGAGCGUGUUCGAUUUGCUGGCGCCGACGAGUCAGAGCUCGCACUCGCAUCAUCACGCGCCCAGCCAGUACACACUGCAGAACGGGCCUGCCCUCAACAGGUACCCCCAGUACUGAGGGGCAGAGCCUGGAUGCAGCUCGUGCAUUGUGUGACUGUCUACGUCUUCAGAGGGUGAACUGCAGACAAUCCUAUGAUGGAUUCAUGUUUAUAGUCUAAAGAGAAGCCAGGGUUUGAUUUUUUUUUUUUAUGUCAAAAAUGUUCAGUCUGCAAAACUAGCAAAACUACCUCGAUAAACUAUACAACAAACAAGUAUCUACCUCAGCCUUUUUAUGAAUAUUGUAUAUUAUUACUAGCUCUUUGCACUGAUUGUUUUUUUUUUUUACCAGUAUGAAUUUUCUUUGUUGCAUUAAUUACUGUUGAUUAGUGUCACUGCUGAAUGUUUUGAUUGGUUUACAUGGAUUUGUGAAUGUUGUAAAAUACUAAAUUAUACACAUGGUCAAUCUGAGCCAUAAGUAUCAAGUGCAAUAUUUCCACUUUACAGUUUGUCUCCCAGCAUUUUAAUCAGUUUAUAGGAUAUUUUCAUUGUCAGCAGGCACAGGUCAGCAUGUAAACACACAUUGCAUAAAGGUUUAGCUCUGAACCAUGUUUUUGCCCAUAUCAGUGCAGAUGUUUUUAUAAAUUGUCAUGGUCAGAAUCUAAAUAUGAGCCGAUCUAUACUGAGUGCAUUUUGCAUCAUCUACCUCGGACUGGGACACGAUUCCUGUGGAUUUUUGCACUGCGUGGUUAUUUGCACUAUCAUAAUGUCAUUGUGAUCUUGCCUGUACGUGUCUGCCUAAUGUGACGGGUGAGCAUUUUGUGCCAUUUAAGUGUGGUCCUGUUAAAAAGGUUUGUGCAGUGAAAACCCAGUUCAAAGGUUAAAGGUCAUGUAGUUGGAACCAGAAUAUAAUAAAAUGCUGGUUAUUUUUAAACAGUCUUGUACUGUGAACUGUGUCUAGAACAAGUCUGCUGCAGUUGAGCAUUUACUUUUGCGCAACUUGUAAAAACAGCUGUUGGAUAAAAACUAAAUGAAGUUUGUUUGGUUUUC